CUCUCUCUCUCACACACACACACACACACUAAAGUACUGUCACAUCUAGUGACUGCAGUGGAGUGUUUGUGUGGUCGGUCAUCGCAGUAAUGUCGCUACGUGGACAGCAAGUGUUCCUGAGAGCGGACGACACACCUGCUGUCUUACACUCCCUACAGUGCUGAGUGUGUAUCAGACCUCCCGAGAGAUCCAAUGCAACGACACGGUCACGUCAGAGACACACGCCAUGACGCAGUACAGGAUGCACUGCUGCAGUUGGCCUCCAUUGUCGACUUCAACAGUCUUCAGGCGACCAUCAAAGACGUGCUGCGAGCUGUCCUGCCAAAUGUGGAGUGUGUGUUCGUGUAUCUGUUGGAGGCAGAGUCUCGACUGCGAUGUGAACAUCCGCCCCACGAGGUCCCAGCAGAGGGCAAGCUCAGAGACGCAGUUAACCAGCGCAAGAGAGUCCAGUGUGCUGGUUUACCGCCAUCAGAACUUCAAGAGAAACACAUGAGCGCGCUGACCGCCCCGCUAGUGCCGGAUAAACGAGUGCUCAUCAUGCCGUUAGUUGACUGUGAUGAGGGGGUGGUUAUAUCUCUGAUUUUGCUGUGCUGUAAAAUGCUGACAGAACAAGACGAAAAAAACCUGUCUAUUUUGGAAAAACACCUGACCGUAGCAUGUAAGCGAGUGAGAGAAGUGCAGAGAUGCCCCAAAUGGACAAACGCUCAUUCCCACAAUGCACCAUUGGAGCCGAAGCCCAGAUCACAACCUGAAGACUACAGAGAACUCGACCGCAAGAUACUACAGCUGUGUGGUGAGCUGUACGAUUUGGAUGCCGCAUCAUUGCAGUUAAAAGUCAUUAACUAUUUACAGACAGAAACUCAGUCUCAGUGCUGCUGUUUACUACUCGUGUCUGAAGAUAAUCAUCAACUCUUCUGUCAGGUUGUUGGUGAUAAAGUUUUAGAAGAAGAAAUCAGUUUUCCACUCAUGUUCGGGCGGUUCGGGCAGGUGGUUGAGACAAAGAAAUCUAUUACACUACAGGACGUGAGUCAGGAGGAACGUGGUUUAUUGAGCAGUUUGUUGGGGUUUAAGCCGAACUCAAUGCUGUGUGUGCCUGUUAUCAGUCAAGCCACUGGACAGGUGGUGGCGCUAGCGUGCACUUUCAACAAGCUGGGAGGAGAGAGGUACACGGAGGCCGAUGAACAUGUGAUUCAACACUGUUUCUGUUACACGUCGACGGUUCUCACCAGCACACUCGCCUUUCAGAAAGAACAGAAGCUCAAGUUUGAGUGUCAGGCUCUGCUGCAAGUGGCUAAAAACCUCUUUACACACCUGGACGACGUGUCUGUAUUAUUGCAGGAAAUCAUCGUAGAAGCCCGAAACCUGAGUAACGCUGAGAUUUGUUCUGUGUUCCUGUUGGAUCGAGUCAGUCAUGAACUUGUGGCCAAAGUGUUUGAUGGAGGAGUCGUGAACGAUGACGAGAAAGAGUUUCGUAUCCCGGCAGAUCAGGGCAUCGCUGGGCACGUCGCCACCACUGGGAAAAUUCUCAACAUCAAGGACGCAUAUUCUCACCCUCUGUUUUACCGCGGUGUGGACGACAGCACGGGCUUCCGAACACGCAACAUCCUCUGCUUCCCCAUUAAAGACGAGAACGGAGAGGUGAUCGGAGUUGCUGAGCUGGUGAACAAAACUAACGGGCCGUGGUUUAAUCGUUUCGAUGAAGAUCUGGCGACGGCGUUCUCCAUCUACUGCGGCAUCAGUAUCGCUCAUUCUCUCCUGUAUAAGAAGGUUCAUGAGGCUCAGUUCCGCAGUCAUCUGGCCAAUGAGAUGAUGAUGUAUCAUAUGAAGGUGUCAGAGGAAGAGGUCAAUAAACUGCUGAAUAACAGCAUCGAGCCGGUCCAGAAAAUCCACCCGAGCUUCGCUGAGUUCACCUACACUCCCAGAUCGCUUCCUGACGACAGCACGCCUAUGGGAGUUCUGAGUAUGUUUGAAGACAUGGGCUUCAUAAACACAUAUAAGAUCGACCUUCACACACUGGCCAGGUUUUGUCUGAUGGUGAAGAAGGGCUACAGAGAUCCACCGUAUCACAACUGGACGCACGCUUUCUCAGUCUCACACUUCUGCUACCUGCUUUACAAAAACCUUCAACUAUCCAACUACCUCGAAGAUAUAGAGAUUCUGGCGCUCUUUGUGUCCUGUAUGUGUCACGAUUUGGACCAUCGAGGAACCACAAACUCCUUUCAGGUCGCAUCACAAUCGGUCCUGGCGGGCCUGUACAGUUCAGAGGGAUCUGUGAUGGAGAGACAUCACUUUGCUCAGGCCAUCGCUAUACUCAACACACACGGCUGUAACAUCUUUGAGAAAUUCUCUAGAAAGGACUAUCAGAGAAUGUUGGAUCUGAUUCGAGACAUCAUACUGGCCACAGAUUUGGCGCAUCACCUGAGAAUUUUCAAAGACCUGCAGAAAAUGGCUGAUGCUGGUUAUAACCCCAGGAGUCAAACUCAUCGCAGUCUGCUGCUGUGCCUGCUCAUGACCUCCUGUGACCUCUCAGAUCAGACCAAGGGCUGGAAGACCACCAGAAAGAUUGCGGAGUUGAUUUACAAAGAGUUCUUCUCUCAGGGAGAUUUGGAGAAGGCGAUGGGAAACAGACCGAGUGAGAUGAUGGAUCGAGAAAAAGCGUACAUCCCUGAACUCCAGAUCAGCUUCAUGGAGCACAUCGCCAUGCCAAUAUACAAGCUCCUGCAGGAGAUUUUCCCGCGCUCGGCGGAACUGUACGAGCGAGUCGCCGCCAACCGCGAGCAGUGGGCCAAAGUUUCGCACAAGUUCACCAUCCGCGGGCUGCCGAGCAACAACUCGCUGGACUUCCUGGACGAGGAGUUUGAGCUGCUUCAGUCUCAAGGCGCGUUCGGAGACGAUUCGCACCGCAUGAACGGUUGCCUGGAUGACGACUGUCACAAACACGACCAAUGACAUCGCUAGGGCAAAGGUCAAGUGACAGAGUUCCACCUUGGUAAUAUUCGGUAUUUGCCGACAAUUCGUUAAGAAACGGUAGAUCACCUCUUUGAUGUCGCCGCUGAGACGGGUUUUGCGAGUCGUUGUUCUAAAGGACUAUUAAUGAUUGGUCGCUGUAGGUCAGGCGAGUAUAUGACAUCAUUUCUGACACUUAAAAUUGCCCAAUUAACUAUAAUAGUCAAACAUAUUUAUAAGAUAUCACCAUUCAAAUUUGACUAAACACCUAAACUACUAAUUAUACUCAAAAAGAUCAUAGAUAUUAAACAAUUAAAAAGUUGGCAUUGUUGAACAUUAACAAAUCUAAAUAAAUCUAUCUUUAGAAAACCUACAUUUCCCCCCUUUAAUCCUUUGUUUUUGAAUUAUUGUAAAAGCAAGCCAAACCUUGUGUUAGUACUGCUUGGAUAAAUCAAGCCACUAUUUUCUUUCUUUAAAUGUAUUAAAACAAAUAAGUGGAACCAAUGUUGCCCCUCAGAUGUUCACACAGGAAGCCCCAAACAAUAAUUUAAUACUUCACGCAAGCAAAACCGCAGCGGCCGUCCAGAGGGGUUACAACAUGAGCGACGACAGGCGUGAAAACACGCGGCUCCCUGGAGACAUUUGAUCCAUAACUAGAAACUUUGAUGGCGUGUACAUACAGUUUAGUGUUUAAAGGGCUACAGGGGCCCGCAGAGGACAUUUUCAGUCUCAGGAUGGUGGAAUGUGCGUGACAAAUGGAUUUUGCCUUACAAAUGUUUUCGUUGCCUUCCUGAGUGAACUUUAAAACAGAUAUACUGUAUGUAUAUAAAAAAAUAAUUCAGCCUAUCUAUGUACAGUUCUAAAGCUUACAUGGAUGUAUAGAAAUAUCUAUUUCCUGUGUAUAAAUGUGUGUUUGCACAGGUGUGACUGUGUGUGCAUUUGCCAAAAUCUGCUACGGAAUAGAAGACAAAGAGAGACAUUUCUGUUUUAUGAAAAAUUCGAGUUUUUCACAUGGGUUACCAACAUUAUUACCACAUAAUUCAUGAGAAGCUUAACCUGCAGCGGGAGAUUUAAUCUCACAAAAAAAUGUCAAGGUCAAUUUUGACCUAAACAAUAAUAAUAAUAAUAAUA